AACCAAAGAGUCAGAGACAAAUCCAACGCCAUUUCCGUACUCGAUCCUCCCUAUCACUACCCUCCAUCUUCCUACGCAGCUCCAAUGAAGCGAGGGUUCGAGUCAAUCGAAAUAUCAGACGACGAAUGGUCAAACCACGAUUUUGAUUCCUCCCGAAUCCUCAAUAAACCCUCUUCCAAAACCCCACCACCCCCCAUCGAGUCUUUCGCUUUCAGAGGCUGUGGUGAUGGCGGACCAGGAGGAAGGCCGUCUACUUCCAAACCCUCUUUUGACUCCUCCUCGGACUCCUCCGACUGUGUUGAAAUAAUCAAGGAUGGAGCUCAACACGCACUUGAGAAUUUGGAGGAUGACGACUUUGGAGAGGCUCCGUCGAAGACGCUUGCGAGCCGUGGACGGAGGUUUGUGGUUGAUGAUGAGGACGAUGAUGAGGUGGAAGAGGCAAUUGAUUUGGGAGAGGGCGAGGAUUAUGAAAGUGAAGACUUGGGGUUUGGUGAGGAGGUUGAGCAAGAAGAGAAUGAUGAUGUUGUUGGGAAAGCGUUGCACAAGUGUGCGAACAUAUCGGUGGAAUUACGGAGAGAAUUGUAUGGGUCCUCGUCGGUUGAUGCAGAUCGUUAUGCUGAAGUUGACGGUUCGUCUGUUAGAAUUGUCACUCAUGAUGAUAUAUGUGAAGCGUGUGGGGCGGGGGGGUCAGGUUUUGAGCCUGUUCUUAAACCAUAUCAGCUUGUUGGUGUGAAUUUUCUUAUGCUUUUGUAUAGGAAGAAAGUUGCAGGAGCAAUAUUGGCAGAUGAGAUGGGUCUUGGUAAGACUAUUCAGGCGAUAACAUACCUUACCUUGCUGAACCACUUGGAAGAUGAUCCAGGACCUCAUUUGAUUGUUUGUCCUGCUUCUGUUUUGGAAAACUGGGAAAGAGAGCUUAAAAAAUGGUGUCCAUCAUUUACUGUGCUCCAAUACCACGGAGCUGGAAGAUCAGCUCAUUCUAAACAGUUGAAUGCUUUGUCCAAAAGUAGAUUGCCACCCCCAUUCAAUGUCAUUCUUGUAUGUUACUCACUUUUUGAACGACACAGUGCACAACAGAAAGAUGACCGUAAGCUCCUGAAGCGUUGGAAAUGGAGUUGUGUUCUGAUGGAUGAAGCUCAUGCUUUAAAGGAUAGGAACAGCUAUAGAUGGAAAAACUUGAUGUCCGUCGCAAGAAAUGCAAACCAGCGGUUAAUGCUUACGGGAACACCUUUGCAAAAUGAUCUACAUGAACUAUGGUCAUUGUUGGAGUUUAUGAUGCCCGAUUUAUUUGAAACCGGAGAUGUGGAUUUGAAAAAGCUGCUAAAUGCAGAAGACACAGGGUUGAUUGCUCGAAUGAAGUCAAUCUUGGGACCGUUUAUUCUAAGACGCUUAAAAUCAGACGUAAUGCAGCAAUUAGUUCCUAAGGUUCAAAGGAUAGAAUAUGUGUGCAUGGAAAUGGAACAAAUAAAAGCUUAUCAAGAAGCCAUUGAGGAGUAUCGUGCAGCUGCACGUGCUCGAAUGUCAAAGUCUGGAGAAGUUAAAAGUGCUCAUCUUCCUCGACGUCAGAUUUCAAACUAUUUUGUCCAGUUCAGAAAGAUUGCAAAUCAUCCAUUACUGGUGAGGCGUAUUUACACAAAUAAGGAUGUUGUUCGAUUUGCUAAAAAGUUGCAUCCUAAAGGUGUAUUUGGUGCUGAGUGUACCUUGGACAGAGUAAUUGAGGAGAUUAAGAGUUACAGUGACUUCUCCAUUCACAGGCUUUUACUUUAUUAUGGUGAUGCUACUUCGGAAAAUCUUUCAGAUGACCAUGUUAUGAUUUCUGCAAAGUGCCGGGCGUUGGCUGGACUUCUCCCUGCACUUAUGCAUGGUGGGCAUCGAGUUCUAAUUUUUAGUCAAUGGACUUCAAUGCUCGACAUCUUAGAGUGGGCUCUAGAUGUAAUCGGGGUUACAUACAGACGUCUUGAUGGCAGUACUCAGGUAACAGAAAGGCAAACAAUCGUGGACACAUUCAAUAACGACACUUCUAUAUUUGCAUGCUUGCUGUCGACAAGGGCUGGAGGCCAGGGACUGAACCUGACUGGAGCUGAUACCGUCAUCAUACAUGACAUGGAUUUUAACCCUCAGAUUGAUCGUCAAGCCGAAGAUCGUUGUCAUCGCAUCGGCCAAACCAAACCAGUUACUAUUUAUAGGUUGGUAACAAAGGAUACAGUUGAUGAGAAUGUGUACGAGAUUGCAAAAAGGAAACUGGUACUUGAUGCUGCUGUGCUCGAGAAUGGUAUCGAAGUGGAAAAUGAAGGUGAAUCGUCGGAUAAGACCAUGGGAGAAAUACUUUCAACCUUGUUGUUGGGAUGAGAGAAUCGCGCUAUUUCUUCUUAUUAUUUCCUCGAUACAAGUGACGAGAAUAUGGGUAGGUGAUGCAUUAUUGACGAAUACACAUCAUUUAUGCCAGCUUGAUGGGUUAAAGUUCAAUUGAUUUAUGUUGCUAA